UGAAACCCUAAUUCCGGAAGAGAGGCAGAGCAGAGCCGAGAGCAGCCGAAGCCCCUGCGGGAAGGAAGGGAGAAGAAGAGAGGAAAUGGUGAACGUUCCGAAGACGAAGAAGACAUACUGCAAGAACAAGGAGUGCAAGAAGCACACCUUGCACAAGGUGACACAGUACAAGAAGGGCAAAGACAGUCUUGCUGCUCAGGGAAAGCGUCGUUACGACCGUAAGCAAUCUGGUUAUGGUGGUCAGACCAAGCCCGUCUUCCACAAGAAGGCGAAGACAACCAAGAAGAUUGUGCUAAGGCUUCAAUGCCAGAGCUGCAAGCAUGUGUCACAGCACCCAAUCAAGAGGUGCAAGCACUUUGAGAUCGGAGGAGACAAGAAGGGCAAGGGAACAUCCCUCUUCUAAGCGCGUAUCUUCCUCUUUGACUAUCGAUUGCACCCUUUGGAAACUUUUAGUUCUCGAGUUUCUUCACCUUUGAUGCUGUUUCUGUUCUGAGAAGUGUCAGGUCUUGGAUCAUAUCUCAAAUGACAUUUUAUGUUGUGGAUUUGGCUUUAA